AUGGUCGAGGAUCAAAGUCACGUUGUCCCUGCCAUGACAUCCACUUCCUUCGUGAACCGACACCGUCCUCUGAUGGAACUCAAGACGGUACUCGAGACGGUGCUCACCGAUAUCAAGGAACUCGCAUCGGUAACGGCGAAAUCCGUUAGGACUCGACAAGGACCUGGGAACGGGAAAACUGGCGGAGCAGAGUAUCACAAUAUUCUCCUCUUGUUAUCGCUACAUCGACGGCUACCGAACAAAGGAAUAGGUCCGUCGUUCGGGACGAGACAUCGAAUCCUGUCCGUUGAAGAAGGAUCUUCUGUUUAUACCCACAACGCACUCGAUAUCGCAGGGCGAUUUUGGCGGAAUUAUCAUGAUCAGCGUGCGCUCAUGCGAUGCCUGAGACAAUAUGAACGGUGCAGCAAAGGACGGCUUGCCUCAACACUACGUUCCACCACGCCCAAUGCCGAUAUCCAUGGAGAAUCGUCCGGGACAGCAGAGCAGCUCGCCAAGUUCAUUCUUGCAGAACGGCCUCGUCCUACGAAAUUACUGUAUCUCACUGGUGACAAGAUUCGUGACACCCUUCCUAGCAUCCUUGGCGGCGCAGGAGUUUCUUUGUGUUCACUCAAGGUGAACGAGACCCAGGGCAACUCUACUUUCCUUCAGUAUUUAAAGAAGAUCGUACCCGAGAAUCGACUGGGCCAUGGCGGAUUGUGUUCUUUGCACCUGAAGAUUGCGGCCAUGGAACUGACCACUGCAACGUUCUUGCGUGGGAAUUUGGGGACGCCGUCCCUGCCAAACCGUCGCCAGAUGAUCUACUGA